AUGAGGAUUGUGGAGAAAAAGCAAAGCGCUGUCAAUUCCAAAGAAGGCGGUUCAAAGACUGAGAGCAAGUCGACUUUGAAGAAGAAACGCAGUCACAGGAUGAGAAAAGCUAAACAAAGAGCAUUGUCGUCACCUCCAUUGGUUGGCAGCUUGACAAUGUGGAACGUGCCUACAGGAGCCCCGCCUUUGGAAAAAGAUGUUGCCUUCAACACAGUGAGCUUUAUGAAUAUGUUGGACGAUUUUAAAGAGCGCGAGAAGAAACAGAAAAACUCCACGGAUGAACUAUUGGUAGUAGAAUUGUUCAUGAUUCACAUCAUGCGGAACUUGCAUCGACUUCGUGAGUUGAUGGUUGCAAAUUUAUUGUCAAUCGAGGUGUACUAUGGCGUUGUUAAGGCUGUCCGAGGAGAGGCGGCAACAGAUUCUGGGAACCUGAAAUUGCUGGCGCGUAUCGCAUCGAUGCACUCAUUUACGAUCUCAUGGUCUUAUCUACCUGUUACUUUGUGCCUGAAGACUUUCACGACGUCGCACGUCGGUGUUCGGUCUAUGGUGACUGUGUGCAUUAUGGUUACAGCAUGA